GUUGUUAAAAUUAUUAAAUACUGAAAUUUAAAAAUAUGAAAAAAUUAACAUUUUUCAUUACUUUGUUGGCAUUUGCAUGCUUGUGUCAUUCAUUUGCUCAAUCAGAAAAUGAUCAAAAUUGUGAGACUGCUUAUUAAAGCUUACAAAACCAAGCUAAAAAAUACCUUGAUAAUAUUAAAUUCUAACCUAGAGUAGCAUAUUAAUCUAUUAUUAAUAUGAGCUACAUUGUUCCUAAAUUAGUUGAAAUUUGUGAUUCUCCUGUUAGUGAAUAAUAAUUACUUGAUUCAAACUAAGAUUGCCAAUCUCAUCUCGAAUUGAUAAAUUCAGCUUCUUAAUUAAUCUUAGAAAACGAUUAUUCUAUUGCUAAGAAGCAUGCAGCUGAAUUUUAACAAAUUCUCCUCAAUACAAUUGCUAAUUGUGAUUCCUCAAAAAUAAGUUCAGAACUUGAAUAAAAUGGAGAUGGAUCUAUUAAUUGUGUUGUUUGCGAUAUUUUAGUUACUUUGGCUACUAAUGAUGCUGUCUACAAAAAAUAAAACAUCAGUGAUUAUUUAUCCAAUCAUUUUUGUAAGAUUUUCCCAAAUUCACUAUCAUCUACAUGCAACUCUUUGGUAAAAGUACUUGGACCUUAUAUUAUUGAAGGUUUUUCUAAGAAGGAUAACUCUGAUGUUAUUUGCAGAAAAGCUGGAGCAUGCACUGGAAAAUUCUCAUAAUGCAACAUUCACUCUUAAUCUUUCCCUUAAGAUUCACAAGAAACAUAAGAAUCAACUCCUCAGUUUGUGUAAACAAUUUUAAGACAGAUAAAAACAAAAUUAAUUGGGGAAAAAUCACCUUAAGAAAAUUAGUUUACUUCUUUUAAUCCCAUUCAAUGGAUAAAAGAUUUAAUCAAUAGAUUUGCUGAUGCUCACUAACCCGUUGUAGAUUUUGAUAAUGAUGGAUUUAGUACUAUAGGUCCUUUGAGAGGUUACAAUUGGAGAGGAAAGGAUUGUGAUGACUUUUAAAACACUAUAUAUCCAGGUAGAAAGAUAUGGGAAGGUAGUAACCCUUCAAUUGAUUAUGAUUGUAACGGUAUUUGGGGUGUAAAUACAGUGACAGGCAAAAAUUACGAAGACGAGCUUUGCGGUUAAUCAGAGAGACUAGGUACUAUUGUGAUUGGAGAUUCUGCUGGUGCUCACUUUUAAGUCCCUCCUAAAUAUUUUAAUGUUACUAUGUGGCAAAAAAAUACUUUUGAUGAUAUACUUGAAAGAGCUUCCAUGGAAUUUGAUUUACCAAAUUUCAGUGCUUCUUCAGGUUUUGAAAAUACACCUUUAGUACACUCAUUCUAUGAAAGAUUAGUAGAAAUAAACAGAUGUAACAGAGGUGAUUACCAAAAUAUUGGUGUCAAUGGGGCUAGAUCAGGUCAUUUAUCAGAUUUCUAAGCAAUUAGAAGAAAUUAAACUCAUGAUCAUCCUAUGCUAGUGAUUUUUGAAUUAAUCGGAAAUGAUGUUUGCAGUGGCCAUAAAACUACUGAUUCAUUUACUACACCAGAAGAAUUCAAAGUAAAUAUUAUGAAAGCUUGGGAAUAUCUUGAUACUGUUCUUCCUAAAGGAUCUCACAUAGUUGUUUGGGGUGUUGCUGAUGGAUAAAUUCUUUACAAUCUUUUGGCUGAAAGAGAGCAUCCUUUAUUUGUUAAAUAUAAAUACUUCUAUGACUACUUGAAUUGUUUAGAAAUGAGCCCUUGCUGGGGUUGGAUGAAUUCUGAUCCUGAAAUCAGAGCUGCUACUUCAAAAAGAGCUGCAGAAUUAAAUUAGGUCUAUAAAGAUAUUAUAGAAACUGUUACUUUUAAUAACUUUGACGUAGUUUAUUAUGAUGUUCCUAUUUAAGAAGCUAUUAACAGAGCUACUGCUGAUGGCUAUUAAGCAUACGAAAUUAUCGAACCUGUCGAUGGGUUCCAUCCAAGUUAAUUAGCCAACUAUUACUUCAGUGAUAUUAUCUGGAAUAAAAUUAAAUAAGAUAGACCUGAUUGGAUACCUGUAAAAAACCCUAAUAAUAAAAUCAUAGAUUAAUUAUUCGGAAACUCAACUAUUAUUGCUUUAGAAAGAUUUUGAAGUAUGAAAAAAAUAAAAAUGAAAAACAAAAUUUAUAUUUAAAAGUUAACAAUGUAUUUUUUAUAGAAUAUUACAAAAUAAAUUAAAUAAAUUCUGCUUUAAUU